AUGAAUCCUCAUAACAGCCCAAUUCAACCUUCAAGAUGUUGCGAGACGUCAUCUGAAAUGGAAAAUGCGGAGAAGAAGAGAGCUGAGAAAGUGCAAAGCGUGCCCAGUAUUAGCCGGCAAGAAUACCUUAAAAAAGUAAAUGAAUACUUGACUAAGUGCAAUCGCAUUUUAAACGAACAGAAAAAGAAUUCGGAUGAGCACCAGCCGUCGUCAAGUAUUCAAGAUGGAGAAUCAACCGAAGCGGGGGAGAAUGGUGAGGUACAGGCGCUGCAGGGCGAAGGACCCACUGAGGAAAAGAAGGGGAAGAAGGAAGUGAAGACCGCUACAAAAAGAAAGACGAUUCCGCGUUUGGCGAAGAAGAAAGCAUACGAAGCUUUGGAAUUAAACAAGGCCAAAAAGUCGAGAAAAGUGACGUCCGAGGAGAGUGCAAAGAAAAAGAAGCAUUAA